GCGGCGGAGGGGCGGCAGCGGGCGACGGCGCUGGGGGGGCCCUGGGGUCUGCGGGUGCUGGAGGAGCAGGGCGCUGCGGCAGCCCCCGUAUGCCGCAGCUGAGGGGGGCGGUGGCCGCUGCGGGGAGCCCGGCCCGUGUGGUUAUGUUUCACACUAUGUGCUGACUGUCUGUACUUACAGAAGAUAUUUAAAAACAAACAGACUUUUUUUUCCAAGAUUUUGAUUCCAGUGGAAUCUGUGCUUUAGAUUUUUUUGUCUUGUCAAUUAACUCCUGAAGCAAUGCCUGUACAAGCUCCACAAUGGACGGAUUUUCUCUCCUGCCCAAUUUGCACACAGACCUUCGACGAAACCAUCCGGAAGCCCAUCAGCUUGGGUUGUGGCCACACUGUCUGCAAGAUGUGCCUCAACAAGCUCCACCGUAAGGCAUGCCCUUUUGACCAGACCACUAUCAAUACAGACAUUGAACUCCUUCCUGUGAAUUCAGCCUUGCUGCAACUAGUGGGUGCUCAGGUUCCUGAGCAGCAGCCAAUUACUUUAUGUAGUGGAGCUGAAGAUACCAAGCAUUAUGAGGAGGGCAAGAAAUGUGUGGAAGAAUUAGCGUUGUACCUCAAACCACUCAGCAGCGCGAGAGGUGUGGGUCUUAACAGUACAACUCAGAGCGUGCUAAGUCGUCCCAUGCAAAGGAAACUUGUGACAUUAGUUCAUUGCCAGCUGGUGGAGGAAGAAGGGCGGAUCAGAGCCAUGCGUGCAGCGCGGUCGCUGGGUGAAAGGACAGUCACAGAGCUCAUUCUUCAGCAUCAAAAUCCUCAGCAGCUCUCUUCCAACCUUUGGGCUGCGGUGAGAGCCAGAGGGUGCCAGUUCCUUGGACCAGCAAUGCAAGAGGAGGCUUUAAAGCUGGUUCUGCUGGCUCUGGAAGAUGGAUCUGCCUUGUCACGAAAGGUCUUGGUUCUCUUUGUGGUUCAGAGGCUGGAGCCGCGAUUUCCUCAGGCUUCUAAAACUAGCAUUGGGCAUGUUGUCCAGCUGCUUUACAGAGCCUCAUGCUUUAAGGUGACAAAGCGAGAUGAGGAUUCCUCCCUGAUGCAACUGAAGGAGGAAUUUCGGACGUACGAAGCUCUGAGAAGGGAACAUGAUUCCCAGAUAGUUCAGAUAGCUAUGGAAGCAGGGUUACGCAUCGCACCAGAUCAGUGGUCCUCGCUGUUAUACGGAGACCAGUCUCACAAAUCCCACAUGCAGUCUAUCAUUGACAAGUUGCAGACCCCAGCCUCGUUUGCACAGAGUGUUCAGGAAUUAACUAUUGCUCUUCAGAGGACUGGAGAUCCAGCUAACCUGAAUCGUCUUCGACCUCACCUAGAGCUCCUGGCAAAUAUUGAUCCUAGUCCAGAUGCUCCACCUCCAACAUGGGAACAACUGGAAAAUGGACUAGUUGCUGUGAGGACUGUGGUUCAUGGCUUAGUGGACUAUAUCCAAAAUCACAGCAAGAAAGGAACAGAUCAGCAACAGCCUCCUCAGCACAGCAAGUACAAGACAUACAUGUGCAGAGACAUGAAACAGAGAGGAGGAUGCCCCCGAGGGGCCAGCUGCACCUUUGCACAUUCACAGGAGGAGCUAGAAAAAUUCCGUAAAAUGAACAAGCGUCUGGUUCCCAGAAGACCUCUGAGUGCCUCCUUGGGCCAGCUGAAUGAGGUGGGCCUACCUUCAGGAGCUAUCCUCUCGGAGGAAGGGGGAGUGGAAUUGCCCAAUAGGAAAACUUCUGCUCUGCCAAAUGGAAUUGUGUCAACAGGCAGCACGGUGACGCAACUUAUUUCUCGAGGGACAGACUCCGGUUACGAAACCGCUCUGAAGCCAGGGAAGAUGGACCAUCUGAGUAGCAGUGCCCCUGGAUCCCCUCCUGACUUACUGGAGUCUGUCCCCAAGAGCUCUAUUUCUGCCUUACCAGUGAACCCUCAUCCUGUGCCCGCUCGGGCACCAACAGAUCUGCCUUCAGUGUCUGUCACCAAGCAGUUGCAAAUGGUACCACGAGGGUCUCAGUUGUAUAAUACUCAGCAAGCAGAUAUGUUCUAUCAAGAUCCUAGAGGAGCAGCCCCACCGUUUGAGCCAGCACCCUACCAACAAGGAGUUUACUAUCCCCCUCAGUCCAUGUCUCGCUUUGUCCGACCUCCUCCGUCAGCUCCUGAACCUGGUCCACCUUACUUAGACCAUUACCCACCCUACCUUCAGGAUCGUGUGGUCAGCCCCCAGUACACUCAGCCACAGCAGUACCCUCCUAUGGGACAACCCAUAUACCCACCCCACUACGACAGCCGUCGCGUCUAUCCCCCCGUCCAGCCCUACCAGCGGGAGGAGAUCGUCCGAGGAAGCCCUGUACCCAUUGAGAUUCCACAAGCAGCUGUACCUUCCUACGUACCUGAAUCCAGAGACAGAUACCAGCAAACAGAGGGUUAUUGCCCAGUGGCUCCACAUCUCAGUCAGAUUCGACCUUCAUGCCACAGGCCUCAUCCCAGCCUCGAUGAACUUCACCGACGAAGGAAAGAGAUCAUGGCCCAGCUAGAAGAGAGGAAGGUGAUUUCUCCACCUCCUUUUGCACCGUCACCAACCUUGCCUCAUCCUUUUCAUUCAGAGGAGUACUUGGAUGAAGAGCUGAAGGUAGCUGGGAAAUACAAAGGAAAUGACUACAGCCAGUACUCUCCCUGGUCCUGUGACACCAUCGGCUCCUACAUUGGAACCAAAGAUGCAAAACCCAAAGAUGUUGUGGCAGCGAGGAGUGUGGAGAUGGCGAAUGUAGAUAGUAAAGCCAUGCGUGACCAGCGGUUAGACAUGCAGCGAAGAGCAGCAGAGACUGGUGAUGAUGACCUCAUUCCAUUUGGAGACCGACCAACUGUGUCGAGAUUUGGGGCUAUCUCCCGUACUUCCAAAGCCAUGUACCAGAACUCUGGGCCCAUGCAGGCCAUGGCGGUUCAGGGAGCUACCACCAAAUCAAUCAUUUCAGACUACAGUCCUUAUGGAGCUCACGGUGGCUGGGGAGGCUCUCCAUAUUCUCCUCAUCAGAAUAUACCUUCUCAGGGACGUUUCAAUGACAGGGAGAGACUGUCCAUGUCAGAUGUGGCUGGUCAUGGGAAACAGUUGCCAUCAGCUGAACGAGAGCAGCAGCUGCGCAUGGAGCUGCAGCAAGUAGACCAUCAGAUCAGCCAGCAGACACAAAUGCGAGGACUAGAGGCUGUUAGUAACAGGCUGCUGUUGCAGAGGGAGGCGACUACCCUGGCAGGCCAACCACAGCCCCCACCCCCUCCUCCCAAGUGGCCUGGGAUGAUCUCAAGUGAACAGCUGAGCUUGGAGCUACACCAGGUGGAAAGGGAAAUUGGGAAGAGAACCCGUGAGCUGAGCAUGGAGAGCCAGUCUUCACUGGAUAUAAAAAACAAAAUGGGCACCGCUAAACAGACAGAAAAUGGACAAUUAGAACCACAGAGCAAGGUUCCAGCUGAGGACCUCGCGUUGACAUUCAGCAGUGAUGUUCCGAAUAGAUCAGCCUUGACCCAAGAGAACAUUGGCCUCCUGUCGAACAAGACGGCGUCUCUCAGCCUGUCGGAGGACCCUGAGGGAGGAGGAGGAGACAGCCAUGACUCCCAGAGAGCAGGAGUUACACCCACAUCUGCUCCAUGAAGUGAGGCCAGCACGCUCCAGGCUUCCUUCUCCUGGGGUUUUGGUAGCUUCCCAUCACGUGUUUUUUUUUCCAGGGGUGAUCGGAGAAACCCAGGAGCAACAGCAGUAGCAGAGCAGCAGGUCCAGAGGCAAUGUGCACAAAACACAACUUACUAGAAACAAAUCCUGCACAUAGUUCACAUUAACGCAUUUUUUAAUUAAAAAAAAAAUGAAAAUUAGCAGUAUCUGCAAGCGAUUCAAAUUAAAUUUGUUUUUGUUCUGUGAAUGAACUUUAUUUUAAUAACUUCGGACGCCUUGGGUCCCAGGGCUUAAAAAAAAAAGAUAUUAUAUAUAUACUCUGUUUGAUUAAUUGUAUGAUCUUAAUGAAGUAGGUUUUUUCUUUUAUUUUGGUAUUAUUACAUACCCAGUGCAUAUUUCCGUAUCACCUUAAUUUCUCAACAACUGAAACAACCUGGCCACUUCCUUGUAUGGUUGAAGGGUAAACAAGGAAUGAGGGUUGGAGAGUAGCUGUGAAUUGCAGUGUCAAAAGAUGUGCAGCAAGUUUAAAAAACUUCAUUUUUUUAAAGCAGUUCUUCCCGUUGCAGCUGGGAACUGAACCCCAGCUUGGGUGAGGCUGUUUGCUUAAGUUAUUUAAGUUUAAACUACAAGUGACAGAAUCUUUGCAAUGCAGCAGUUGCAGUCCUUUGUGUACAUCCCAGCAUAGCAUGUGUAGUUUAAGAGGAGAACAAAUUUAGUGCAUAACCUAGGUUAUUUUAUUUGAAAGUUGCUGGCCUUUUAUUUUGUGUUGGGACUAAGGAGGUCGGUGGGAUGCAGAGCAAUUUACUGCAGCGUGGGUGUUUCUGAAGCUGGUUAUUUGGGGCUUGUGCUGGAGAGGCUUAACUAACCAGUGAACAUUGUGCAACAAGGCAGAAUCUCUAGGAAUAUCAAGCAGAGAGAACAUAAGGUUCUGCAGUAGCUGGAAGGAUGUGAACUGACAAUAAGCUGGCAAACCACGUGAGUUCAUCCAGUGUUUGCUGGUUUGUUUUUUUUCCCCUGCUUCUUGCUAUGCCUUUAAAACAAUCAUCAUACAAUGGAGUUGAUGCAAUGGGACUUACUGACCUCUCUGCCCUUCAAACAGGUCUUUCAUGUAUGUCUCCUGAGCAGCUCUUGCUUUUAUUUUUUCUUCAUUGCUAUUUUUUAUUAUUAAAAACAUCGUUUCCUCCAACUUGAUUUUUUUUUUCUUUAUUUUGUUCAGU